UGCCGUAAAGGCCGCAAUUUUAAGAUCAGGUAGUUGCAGUAAAGUAUGACCGAGAAACCAGUGCUUAGUUCAGAAAAGGGAGGGUUCGGGCUGAUGAAUCACUAUCCUAACACCUAUCACGGUAAUGUAGUCAUACUUCAUAACAGAAGAGUCCCCUGCUCUGCCGUCACCGAGCACAGACGUGUGACUGCCCAGCAAAGAGAAGAAGCUUGUUCUGCAGACAAUGGCUUCCCCAGGCCACGUGUUACCAGAAAAGCAGUUCCAGUGCACCAUCUGUCAGCAAGUGUUCACUAACCCAGUCACCACUCCCUGUGGACACAACUUCUGCCAGGCCUGCCUCCAAAAUGUGUGGGAUGGCAGUGAGGUCUGCAAGUGCCCCACUUGCAACAAAACGUUCACCUCACUGCCUGAAAUAAGCAUCAACACGGCCUUCAAAGAGCUGGCGGACGCAUUUCGUAAUAUUAUAGUCUGUUCCUCGGCUUCCCAGCUGUGCGCAGCCAAACCAGGUGAGGUAGUGUGUGACGUCUGCGCUGCAACCUCCCUUCAGGUGAAGGCCCUGAAGUCCUGCCUGGUGUGUCUGACCUCGUACUGUGAAGCCCACCUGGAGCCUCACCAGGGUGUCGCCACCUUGAAGAUCCACAAGCUGAUCAAGCCGGUGAAGAAUCUGCAGGAAAGGAUGUGUGUGAAGCACGAGAGGCUGCUGGAGAUGUUCUGCAGGGACGAACAGAAGUGUGUGUGCCAGUUCUGCACCGAGACCGAGCACAAAGAUCACCAUGCCAUUACAAUAGAGGACGAAAGCGGAGAGAGGAAGGUCCAAAUGAAGAAGAGUCAGGCAGAUUUUCAGCAGAUGAUCCAGGAACGACUGGAGAAGGUGGAGGAGAUCAAAAGCUGUCUGAAGCUAAGCAACAUGAGUGCAGAGAAGGAGAUGAAGGAGAGCGACCGUCUCUUUGCGUUUCUGAUUCGCUCCAUAGAGGAGAGACAAACUGAAGCCAAUGUGGAGAUCAAGGAGAAGCAGAAAGCAGCAGAGAGGAGGGCGGAGGAGCUCGUCGACCAGCUGCAGCAAGAAAUCACUGAACUGCAGAGGAGAAACGCUGAGCUGGAGGAGCUGAGGGCCUCUGAGGACCAUCUGCACGUUUUAAAGAGGUCGCCCUCUCUCAUGUCUCCUCCGCCCACCAAAGAGUGGAUGGAGAUCGGCGUCCACCCUGAGCUCUGCGUGGGGGCGGUGAGGGGAGCGCUGUCUAAACUGGACGACACCCUGAAGAAGGAACUGGACGGCCUGAAGAAGGAAGAGAUGAAGAAGAUGCAGACAUAUGCAGUUGACGUGGUUUUAGACCCGGACACCGCCCAUCCAAACAUCGUCCUGUCAGCUGACGGAAAGCAGGCGGGCCGCGGCGAGCUGCUGCACAUUGUUCCUGACAACCCCCAACGCUUUGACCCCGUCAUCUGCGUUCUGGGCAAGAGAGGUUACCUGUCCGGGAGGUUCUACUUCCAGGUUGCAGUGGGUUCAAAGACCUUCUGGGACCUGGGUGUGGUGAAGGAGUCUGUAAACAGGAAGGGGAUGAUCACCUCCAAGCCGGAGAACGGCUAUUGGACGGUGCGGCUGAGGAACGGGGAAGAGUAUCGCGCUUUGGACUCCCCCUCGGUCCUUCUGUCCCUCAAAGAGAAGCCGCAGAUUGUUGGAGUGUUUACGGAUUACGAGCAGGGGACCGUAUCCUUCUUUGACGUGGAGGCCAGGUCUCCGAUCUACACCUUCACUGGGUGCUUGUUCUCGGGGAGGAUCUUCCCCUUCUUCAGCCCGGGUGUUUUUGAUGAAGGGAAGAAUACGGCACCGUUGGUUAUCAAAGCUGUUAAUCAUGAGACUUGAGGAGGAUUCGACUUUGACCGCGAUAGCUGCAAGAAAGAUUUUGACUUACAGAACUGAUUCAGUAUUUAAAAGAUAAGUUUCUACUGUACAUACACAAGCAUUUUUUAAAGAUCCCCGCAUCCUCAACACAAGGAUUUUUAACUUUCCGCCAUUAUAAGAGAAGUGUUACAGGUGCAUGUGGAAAAAAUGCAUUCAAAGAAGACUGGACUGUUAAAGUAUGUCAGCCGAUCCAUUAUGGUUCAGCAACCAAGCCUGAUCUGUGAAAGUAUAAAAGCUACUACAGGUCAGGUUUCAGUAAGGAGUAAAUCACACAGUCCUGCCCGCACCAGGCCAACGUCGCACACUCACUGACAAAAUCACAAUGCUGAAACACCAGCAGCUGCUUAAAUAAUCAAAAGUAUUUCACAUUAGAAAGUAGGUUUAAUAGUCCUGAUAAUAUGUUUAUUUUAUAUCACAUAUAUGUUAUGUUACACAGGGUUAUUUGUAUUAUUAUGCAUUGUUCAAAGGCCCAGUAUGAAUGUAUUUUGUAGGUGACAGGAAUUGGUGUCAGAUAAAACAAAAAUAUGGAAUUACUACAAAAAAAUAUGAAUUGCUGGUGGUGUGUUAAUAUAUAUUUUUUUGUUAUUUACGGACAUCUUUCGGGCCCCAACCCAACCUCAUGCCACCAUGUAAAUCCUAAUGCCAAAUGAAUAUUCAAACUUGUGCAAAGGUACACCUGACAUGUUUAUGGUUGUUUUGUGCUAUGGACUCUGCAGGCUUAGCAAAGUAUUUCAUUUGCAUUGCAGACUUUUAACUGAAUUUAACAUUAACAUUAGGCUGGUGCUAAUUAAUGAUGCUAAAAAAAAAAUGUUCUGAGAAUAAUGCCUUGACUAGCAUGUUUCAAUCAGUGGUUCCAUGGUGAUUUGUUUUGGUAAUAAAGAAACUUGUAUCAA